AUGCGUCCAUCCGUUGAGAGCCCCAUGUACGCCAUGGAGGAGAGCACCGGAUACCUGCUGCCACCACUGCGUCUGCUCUUCGUCUUCUUCGCCUUCCUCGCGCAAUGCUGUGGUGCAAGAGUGCUGAGGCCAGAGAAGAUACUGCUUGGCCACUACUCUUACUACAGCACGCCGGUCAUGCCUCCCUACGCCGAGGUGUUCGCACCAACAAACCCCCAUCCUCCUCCUCCCGGCUCUCCCAACUGCGUCCUCACUCCGGACGCGCCGCCGCCUCCUCCGAAGGCGACCACCGUCCCGGCGCCGGCCUUCGUCUACUCGUCCCCGCCGCCGCCGGAUAUGGAAUACCCUCCGCCGUACAUCAGCCCAAGCCCACCAGAAAUCAGCCCAAGCCCGCCGCCCACGGUUGCGCCGCUCCCGCCCAUCGUUUACCCAAGCCCACCAGAAGUCACCCCCAGCCCACCAGAGGUCGCGCCGUAUCCCAGUCCCAGCCCACCGGAAAUCGCUCCGAGCCCUCCAGAGAUAGUGCCGAGCCCACCAGAAAUCUCACCGAGCCCACCAGAGAUCGCGCCGAGCCCACCGCCCACGGUUACGCCAUUCCCGCCCAUCGUUUACCCAAGCCCACCCGAAGUCACGCCCAGCCCACCAGAGGUCGCGCCGUAUCCCAGUCCCAGCCCCCCCGAAAUCUCGCCGAGCCCACCGGAGAUCUCACCGAGCCCGCCGGAAGUCGCACCGAGUCCACCGGAGAUCUCGCCAAGCCCACCGAGCUACGAACCAACGCCGCCAAGCAUUGUGCCGAGCCCACCGGAGUACGCGCCAGAGCCACCAACCUACGUCCCAAGCCCGCCGGAGUACGCGCCAGAGCCACCAUCCUACGUCCCAAGCCCGCCGGAGUACGCACCGGAGCCACCGACGUACGUGCCGAGCCCACCGGCGUACUACGCGCCGGAGCCGCCGACGUACGUGCCGAGCCCGCCAGAGUAUGCACCAGAGCCGCCGACGUACGUGCCGAGCCCGCCAAUCUACGCGCCGUAUCCGCCCGGGAUCAUCCCGAGCCCUCCGGAGUACGCGCCGGAACCGCCUGGGAUCGUCCCGAGCCCGCCGGAGUACGCGCCAGAACCACCUGGGUUCGUCCCGAGCCCGCCGGAGCACGCGCCGGAGCCGCCGGGGGCCGUGCCUGGCCCGCCAGAGUUCGCGCCGGAGCCGCCGGGGGCCCCGGCCGUCCCCUCCCCGGGAGGCGGCUUCCUGCCGCCGGUGGUGUUCCCGCCCCCGUUCGCGACGCCGUCGCCGCCGGGGACGACGGGCUCGGAGUGGUGCGUGGCGAAGCCGUCGGUGCCGGACCCCAUCGUGCAGCAGGCCAUGGACUACGCCUGCGGCUCGGGGGCGGACUGCGACUCAAUCCUGCCGUCGGGCCCGUGCUUCCGGCCGGACACCAUGCUGGCGCAUGCCUCCUACGCCUUCAACAGCUACUGGCAGCGCACCAAGGCCAAUGGCGCCACCUGCGACUUCGGCGGCACCGCCAUGCUCAUCACCAAGGACCCCAGCUAUGGUGGCUGCCACUACAUUUUGAUGUGA